GCGCCCCCCGCGCUGUCGCCCCGCGAGCCCGCAUCAUGGAUGUCGAGCUCUCCUAUUUCGCUCUGCUCGCCUUGGAAUCCGAGACCCCAGGCCAGGACCAGGAUUCAUGAGCCGGUCGCAGAGGCCCGGCCAGGGGCCUCUGGCUCCCGACUCCGGCCGAGAGGUGAUGUGUGAGGUCCGAAGAACCAGAGAUUUUAAAGACAACCGGGGCCUGCGUAUUGAAUGAAAGACCCAGUGCAAAGGCAUCACCAUGAACACGAGCAUACCUUAUCAGCAGAAUCCUUACAAUCCCCGGGGCAGCUCCAAUGUCAUCCAGUGCUACCGAUGUGGAGACACAUGCAAAGGGGAAGUGGUUCGAGUCCACAACAACCAUUUCCACAUCAGAUGCUUCACUUGUCAAGUGUGUGGCUGUGGCCUGGCCCAGUCGGGCUUCUUCUUCAAGAACCAGGAGUACAUCUGUACCCAGGACUACCAGCAACUCUAUGGCACUCGCUGCGACAGUUGCCGGGACUUCAUCACAGGCGAGGUCAUCUCUGCCCUGGGCCGCACCUAUCACCCCAAGUGCUUCGUGUGCAGUCUGUGCAGGAAGCCUUUCCCCAUUGGAGACAAGGUAACCUUCAGUGGUAAAGAAUGUGUGUGCCAGACAUGCUCCCAGUCCAUGACCAGCAGUAAGCCCAUCAAGAUCCGAGGACCAAGCCAUUGUGCUGGAUGCAAGGAAGAGAUCAAGCAUGGCCAGUCACUCCUGGCUCUGGACAAGCAGUGGCACGUCAGCUGCUUCAAAUGCCAAACCUGCAGCGUCAUCCUCACCGGGGAGUACAUUAGCAAAGAUGGCGUUCCAUACUGCGAGUCCGACUACCACUCCCAGUUUGGAAUUAAAUGUGAGACUUGUGACCGGUACAUCAGUGGACGGGUCUUGGAGGCAGGAGGAAAGCAUUACCACCCAACCUGUGCCAGAUGUGUACGCUGCCACCAGAUGUUCACCGAAGGCGAAGAGAUGUACCUCACAGGUUCUGAGGUUUGGCACCCUAUCUGCAAACAGGCAGCUCGGGCAGAGAAGAAGUUAAAGCAUAGGAGGACAUCUGAAACUUCCAUCUCACCCCCAGGAUCCAGCAUUGGGUCACCCAACCGAGUCAUCUGCGCUAAAGUGGAUAAUGAGAUCCUUAAUUACAAAGACCUGGCAGCUCUCCCCAAGGUUAAAUCCAUCUACGAGGUACAACGUCCCGACCUCAUUUCCUACGAGCCUCAUUCCAGAUACACGUCUGACGAGAUGCUGGAGAGAUGUGGCUAUGGAGAGUCGCUGGGAACAUUAUCUCCCUACUCGCAGGACAUCUACGAGAACCUGGACCUCCGGCAGAGACGGGCCUCCAGCCCGGGCUACAUCGACUCUCCCACAUACAGCCGGCAGGGCAUGUCUCCCACCUUCUCCCGCUCGCCUCACCUCUACUACCGCUCUGGGCCCGAGAGUGGCCGGAGCUCUCCAUACCAUAGCCAGUUAGAUGUGAGGUCCUCCACUCCAACCUCUUACCAGGCUCCCAAGCACUUUCACAUCCCAGCUGGAGAAAGUAACAUCUACCGGAAACCCCCCAUCUACAAGCGGCAUGGUGAUUUGUCCACGGCAACCAAGAGCAAGACAAGUGAAGACAUCAGUCAGGCGUCCAAGUAUAGUCCAGCCUACUCCCCAGACCCCUACUAUGCCACAGAAUCUGAGUACUGGACUUACCACGGGUCCCCCAAAGUGCCCCGAGCCAGGAGGUUCUCAUCUGGAGGAGAAGAGGAGGAUUUUGACCGCAGCAUGCACAAGCUCCAGAGUGGAAUUGGCAGGCUGAUUCUGAAGGAGGAGAUGAAGGCCCGGUCCAGCUCCUACGCGGACCCAUGGACCCCACCCCGGAGCUCUACCAGUAGCCGAGAGGCCCUGCACACUUCUGGCUAUGAGAUGUCCCUCAAUGGCUCCCCUAGGUCCCACUACCUCGCUGACAGCGAUCCCCUCAUCUCCAAAUCAGCCUCCUUGCCUGCCUACAGAAGAAAUGGACUACACAGGACACCCAGCGCAGACCUCUUCCACUAUGACAGUAUGAAUGCAGUCAACUGGGGCAUGCGAGAGUACAAGAUCUACCCUUAUGAACUGCUGCUGGUGACCACGAGAGGAAGAAACAGACUUCCCAAGGAUGUGGACCGGACUCGUUUGGAGCGCCAUCUGUCCCAGGAAGAGUUCUACCAAGUCUUUGGCAUGACCAUCUCUGAGUUUGACCGGCUGGCCCUCUGGAAGAGGAACGAAUUGAAGAAGCAAGCCCGGCUGUUCUAGGCGGAGGCUCUAUAAAUAUAUAUGCAUUUAUAUAAAGAUAUAUGUAUAGUCCUCUCUUAUGUAAUGGGACACACUGCCUGCCAUGAGACUUGCUUGUCUGUACUGCCAGGCGAGCCCAUGUCAUCGAAAUAUUUUGAUGCUCUUUACCUUCUCUUUUCUAAGUGCUGUGGAGUUUGGGAAGGGAUUUGAGGGGGACUCCUGCCCUUUUACUGGGGGUUCUUUUUAUAUGGAAACAUCUGUCCUAACUCAAGUCCCCUGAUCCCCAACUCUUCUUUCCUAGAGGUGCCUGAAGAAGUCUCUCUUCUUUCUGCUUCUUGGCCCUUUGUCCCAGGUUUCCAGGGCUGAUACUGACCAUGCAGUUUUCACACCUUAUUGGCCCCAGAGGGGCCCCCCCAAAGGAGAUCCAUAGGGAUCACCCAAAGUCACAGAGCACCUUUGAGAACCAUGAAGAACUUUCUCAUCACCCCCAACUAGGUGGUCAGUGCUCUCUGGGGGUGAUGUGGUCACAGACUUACAAGUAUGGGGUCAGAUCCACUCGUCACACCAGUCAACAGAAGUGAACAGGGCCUUGGCCUCUCCUCAGCUCUGUAACUCUCUUCUUUCUGCCCUUUAUCCUUCCCUCUCCCUUGUCCACAUCUAGAACUCCUGGUAGAAAAAGAAAAAAGGCCCUUGUGUUCCCUCCCCCACUUCUGAAUGGCCCCAUAGCCUGGCCUCUCUGGCCCUAAUUUGGAGAGCAGAGAAAAGGGGAGGGAACUGGGGUGGGGAAUAGAGGAGGGCACCUGUUGGAAUUGGAGCUGCAGAACCACCUGGACCCUACUCUCCCUCACUUCUCCCAGCACUUCCUGACACUUCUGUCUUUCGAGGAGAGGUCCAUUCCUGCAGCCUAUAUUCUUCAGCCUUACUACAAUCUAUGUGCCUGACAACUCAACACACCACAGGGCUUAUGUUCCCAUUAUAGCUCCAACUGAACAACUAGACAGACAACCUCUAAUUGCCCUGCUAGAGGUGACGUACGUCACAUCCUGAAGAAAGGCUUUAGGUCUGUGCCUCUUGGUUCCUGGGCCCAAGGGCAAUUGUACCAGUCCUCUGCCAACCCUCAGCCCCCUCUGCAAAGAUGGCCUUGUUUACGGGGCUCUUACUUUUGGAAGAGUACUGCUUGUGGGAUUCCAUCAUGAAGGGUUGGUCAGCAUUGCUGGUGAUCAUCCUGGAAUUCCUUGGUGCCUCCUGCUGUCUGGAGCAGGAGUGAAAAGCUUCACCUUCUCUCCUCCUCUCUCCAAACCCUCAACCCUGAGGUGAUGCUUGUUAGGUGGGCUGUUCCUUCAGAGAGUCACCUAAGGCAGAUCACUUGGAGGUCAUGGAGGAAGGUGAAGAAGUACAAGUGAUGUAAUAGUGGCUCUCAAGAGGCUGGUCAUGUGACACAGCAAAUGUAGAACUGCAUGCAAUUCGACAAACCUUCGCAGAGCACUUGCUGAUGCUGAGCACCUGCUGUAUACUGAGCACUGAAGUGGGAAGGGGGGUGCAAACACUGAGAUGAAUCAGCGUGGUCCUCUUGAUAGUGGGUACAGUAAGUAAGACAUGUGCCCAAACUCAACGGAUAUAAGAUAGAAAGUGAUAGGAGAGGGCAUGAGAAAGUGUGGCAUUGCUAGAAAGACCUAUGCAGCGGUUUGCAGACCAGGAGAGCUUUCUGAAAGAAAUUGUGUUUGGGAAAAAUUCAAGAAGGAUCUUCUGUAAACUGAGAAAAGACUGGAUACUGGAAGUUAAAGGGUGAUGGGAUGAGGGGCCAGAAGGGAGGUCUCAUAUGCUUUCACUUAACAUAUCUACCCUCCCUGAAACUUCUCUUUUUAGCCAAUGUCUUUCAACUAUCCUGACCCUUUAGAAAUGUCCCCAGCCAGACACAAUCAUCAAAACUGCCUCAUUGUCACUGGUUAAGAACUUGGCGAGAUUGAAGGGCUUUUGUUGUUGUUGGAUAUUUUUGUUUCCCAUAAAAGCACAUCAUUUCAACCC